CACAGGGCUGAGGUGGGUGCACGGCGCUUCUGAAGACCCACCCCCCACACUAACGUCCCUGUCUCUCCCUCCAGGCCUGGACCCCAACUCCCAGAGCAGCUCCCAGGAGUUCCUGGUGCCCAAUGACCUCAUCGGCUGCAUCAUCGGCCGGCACGGCAGCAAGAUCAGCGAGAUCCGGCAGAUGUCAGGUGCCCACAUCAAGAUCGGGAACCAGACUGAGGGCUCCAGUGAGCGGCACGUGACCAUCACGGGGUCCCCUGUCAGCAUCACCCUGGCUCAGUACCUCAUCACAGCCUGCUUAGAGACGGCCAAAUCUACCUCCCAGGUGCCACCAGGCCCUGGCUCCAUGGACCUCGGCGUGGGCUUCUCCCAGCCCCUCACCCCGGGCUCCGGUGCGGCGCUACCUGCUGUCGGCCCGGCCCCCCCCGGCCUGCUGGGCACCCCCUACACCAUC